GCCCCUGGACGUGCCAUGCGCAGCACCACACUCCUGGCACUGCUGGCACUGGUGAUGCUGUAUUUGGUGUUGGGUGCCCUGGUGUUCCAGGCCCUGGAGCAACCCCAUGAGCAGCAGGCCCAGAGGGAGCUGGGGGAGGUCCGAGAGAAGUUCCUGAGGGCCCAUCCAUGUGUGAGCGAGCUGGAGCUGGGGCUCUUUAUCAAGGAUGUGGCUGAAGCCCUGGGAGGGGGUGCGGAUCCAGAAAUCAACUCAACCACGAACAGCAGCCACUCAGUCUGGAACCUGGGCAGCGCCUUCUUUUUCUCAGGGACCAUCAUCACUACCAUUGGCUACGGCAACGCAGCCCUGCGCACAGAUGCCGGGCGCCUCUUCUGCAUCUUUUAUGCCCUGGUGGGGAUCCCGCUGUUCGGGAUCUUGCUGGCAGGGGUCGGGGACCGGCUGGGCUCCUCUUUGCGCAGAGGUAUUGGCCACAUCGAAGCAAUUUUCCUGAAGUGGCACGUGCCCCCGGAGCUGGUGCGGGUGCUGUCCGCGAUGCUCUUCCUGCUCAUCGGCUGCCUGCUCUUUGUCCUCACGCCCACGUUCGUGUUCUGCUAUAUGGAGGACUGGAGCCAGCUGGAGGCCAUCUAUUUUGUCAUAGUGACGCUCACCACUGUGGGCUUUGGAGAUUACGUGGCGGGCGCUGAUCCAAGGCAGGACUCCCCUGCAUACCAGCCGCUGGUGUGGUUCUGGAUCCUCCUUGGCUUGGCCUACUUCGCCUCGGUGCUCACCACCAUUGGGAACUGGUUGCGUGUGGUGUCUCGCCGCACUCGGGCAGAGAUGGGCGGCCUCACCGCCCAGGCUGCCAGCUGGACAGGCACGGUGACCGCACGGGUGACGCAGCGGGCCGGACCCCCCGCGCCGCCGCCGCCGCCAGAGAAGGAGUGGGUGCUCCUGCCUCCGCCGUGCCCGCCGCCGUGCCCAUCGCCGCCCGUGGGCCGGCCCCCGUCCCCCGGGCUGCCCGAGAAGAAGGUGGCGGCGCCCUCCCCGCCCACCGCCUCCGCCCUGGACUACCCCAGCGAGAACCUGGCCUUCAUCGACGAGUCCUCCGACACGCAGAGCGAGCGCGGCUGUGCCCUGCCGCGCGCGCCGCGCGGGCGCCGCCGCCCUAACCCCCCCAAGAAGCCGGCCCGGCCCCGGGGCCCCCGGCGACCCCGGGACAAAGGCAUGCUGGCGGUGUGA